GAAUCGCCACUGGGCAAUCCAUUCCGGAACGGGGGCAAAAGAGGAAGCGGUGUUACUUGGCUAAGGACGGGAACAACCAUGCGCGUCCCGGUUCCAAAGCGCAACCCGCAGCCGGGAACAGAUCGAUCCGGGCUUCCGGCGGCAGCUACGGCGGCACGAAUGGCGGUGGCGGUGUCCCUUCUGUUCUUUUCGGGUCGUUCGGGCCUCUGCCGCGCCUUUGUUGCCGAGACGAUUCCGCGCGUGCCGCCACAACAGCCAUCGGCAAGAACACGAACAACAGCAACAACAGCAGCAGCAACAACAGCAACAACAAUGCUUAGGAGGGGCACCGCAGUUGUUCAUCGACGAGGGCAUUCGUCAUUCCAACCCAGGGUCAUUCUGUCGGCAUCCACACACACUACCAAGAGAUCACCGCUGCGAGCUCCAGGGCUACACGCUCACAGUGACGACGGUUCUUUCCUGGACGGUCCUCCAUCGUCGGAACCAACACCACAAUCACCAUCGUCGUCGUCGUCUUCGCUUUCAGAGAUCCAAAGACCGACCGCCGCGGAAUUCUUUGCCUUCGCGGGGGUGGACAUCGAUCCCUCCACCUUUUGCUUCGAGCGGUGGGGAGGCGGGGGCAACGUAAAGCGCGAAACGGAAGGAGGCGGCAGCGGGGACCGCCGUCCGCCUCCCCCCAUGGUGUACUCCGCCGUGGGUUUCCCGGGGGGAGCCACCGGCAAGGCUGCGGCGAGGCUUCGGAUCUGCUGGACGACGAUGGCUCCGCCGACCGCCGGCGAAGAACCCGAGGCCCGCGGAGGCCCGGACGAUGCCAUCGCACGAGCCCUGCUGGCCUUCGAGGAACACCCCAUCGAGCGCUGCUGGCUGGAAUCGGAAAGGACCGGUGGGCGCAUCGUCCCGAAGACCAUCCGGUCCCCGGGGGACCUGGCCGAGCACUUCUCCGCGUCGGUAGAUCGCGCUUGCGGUGGCGGCCGCCCGGCGGUCGGGAGCGAAAGGGUGCUGGUCCCGUACCGACAGAGCAACGACGCCACCAACGCCAACGCCGCUGCCGACCACCACGAUUGGUGUUGCGUCGAUCCGGGAGCCAUCGACCCGUCGUCUCUCCGAACCCGGUCGUUUUACCAGUGGGACGGCUCGGUGGUCGAUUUUUUCUCCGCCGUUCGUUCGAGGGGAGACAGAAGCGACGGCGGCGGCGAAGAGACGGCAACGAUCUGGUGGAGAACCGUUUCCCCCGAAUCUGCUGCGGUGGCGGCUGCUGCUGCUGCUGAUGAUGAUGAUGAUGAUGAUGAUGCCGUGGAUGCGUUCGACGAUCCCUUUGGAACGAGGACCAGCGAGUUUCGGUCCGCCUGCAGCGAUCCGUAUAGCGGGGUGGUGUCCUUCUUUGCAACGGACGAAGUGUUUUCGGAGUUUCGCCGGUUUUCCGGGGGCGAGCGAACGAACAGUGCCACCGCUGCCUCGGUUCUUAGAGACGCCGCGAUGCGCGGCCGGUCCCUUGCGAACGCGAUUCGGGAGCGUUCCUCGGGAGAGGGCUGGGCCUUUGUGUUUCGGCGGGGACCCGGGGAUGCGGUUAGCCACACCACAGAACAGAGGCCGCUGCGGCCGUCGAGUCCUGUCCGCGGCAGUGGUAGUAUCGGAAGAUUUCUGGUCGGAGCGGCUGUCCUCGCCGGCUCCGUUUGUGCGCUGGCCUUGCUCUUCUCCGGAAUCGGCGGGGCCCUGCCGGGAAACACAAGGUGUGUGGGAACGAGCGCACUCCGGGGGUUUGCCUACGGAGGGAUGGUGGGCCUCGCCAGUCACUCGGGAGCCUACCUCCGCUCCCUGGCAGUGGCCCUCUGUGCCACGGCCCUGCUCUCGGCAGCGGUCCAAAGACUCUCGGACCACCGCCGCCGGGGCAGCGACAACGGCGCGUCCGUGCUCCUCCCGAUCGACAGCGCCUGGGUCGACUACGGGACCACGCUGUCCGUUGGGCUAUCCGCGGUGACCGAAAUGAUGCUAGCGGCACCGGACUACGCCCUUCUGCUCUUGGCCAAGGUCCCUGUGGUGGAUUUCCUGGACGCUCUGUCGGUGGCAGUGGCCCGGGUGGCAGACCAACGACCCUUCCGGAGCCGCCGGAAGGACCACCACCGGCAGCCGCAGCCACUAGUCCCGCGAAAGCCACCGGGGCGAAGAAUCAAAUACCUUGCCGAUCGGAUCGCGGCGUGGGCCCUCCCGGAAGCGUCCGUCUUUUCUCCGGAAGACGUACCACCAACACCAACACCGUCCUCCCCCGAAACAGCCGUCGCCCGCAAUCGCCAUCGCUUCGCCGCGGCGAAGAGGGUUUUCUCGGGCGUCCUCGUGGCACCGAUCCGGGAGGAGCUCGUCUUUCGGUUUGCCUUCGACAGGGUCUGGCACGCGGUGGCGUCGAAGGGGGCUGGAGUGGCCACCGAUUCGUCGCUGCCGCUUUCCCCGUGGGUCCUGGCCAACAGCCUGCUGUUCGGGGGGAUGCACGCGUCCUCCUGGCUCCCGGUCCGCAGGGAGCACGUCGUUCUUCUUGGAACGCGGGAGAACGAUGCUUCCGGUGCGCGAAGCGUUGGCGAGGGCUACGACGCGGCCCAGAAUCUUCUGGGGGCCCUCCUCCACGCUUCCACGGCCUUUGUGGCGUCGGUCUGCUUGCUGAACCCGCUGUACCGAGAGCGGGGGCUCCCCGCGUCGAUCGGUGCCCACGCGGCGGUCAACGGGCUGGGAGGGCUCCUCUCGCUGCUCCCGGGUGGAAACCACAGCAACAGCGGUGAGGCCGGAUCUCCGCAACAAUCUUGAUCAUCGGAAGCAGAGACUAAGCAGCAGCCGCCGACAGUGGUUUCGAUUCGAGCCAGCCAACGAAACGAUCUGCGGCGAGUAGAUGCCAUACCACACUACGGGACCGAAAACGAUUGUCUCGCAGAGAAAGCAUGGAGUUGAAUCUAAAAAUUCAAAAUAAAUUUGCAGGAAACGU